AUGGACGCCGCCCCCGAAAGGGUUCUGGAAGGCACCGAGCACGCCCUCUCGAAUCUCAGGUCCCUCGAAAAAGCCAUCGAGGCCCAGUGUAAAAGUCUCAGGAAGUUAGUCAAGAAAGCCGACAUCGCGCGCAAAGAGGCACCACAGUUCUGUUUAGACGACCCAAAGACUUUCCAAAAUUUUGUCCUAAUCAAUGGAGGUCCAGUAUGCGCCUUACAAACGAAGCCGACUUUGGAACGAUUAAACAGUUCUCUCUCUACUGGGGGAUCAUCUCUUCUCGACAACUGUGGUUCAACGUAUAAACAUGAUCGCCAACACAUCACGGAUCACCACCGUGACCUCCUCCGGUGUCUAAAACUGGACCUCGCGGUUAUCAAGAAAUGUUACCGAAAGCUCAAGUAUGGUUUCAGCUGCGGUAGGAAAAAGGAAUUUCUAGUUGCUUUCUUUACCGAUUUCAAGGCAGUAACCAACAGAUUUGAAUGGAUCUGGAGAUCGGAGUGGGAGGUCGAAAAUUGGUCCGAUAUGAAGGCUUCCUGCAAACUCAUAUCGAAGCGGCGGGAUGUGCGUAUCGACCAAUUCAACGAAAUGAUUCUUUAUCGGUCACCUAUGAACGGAGAUGGGUCUUUUCCAGUAUAA